AAGAGUUAAGUUAGUUACGCUAUAGACUCCAACAUAUAGACGAGGAUCGGAUCGGAGUAGCAAUGAGGCAGCAACGACGAUUGGCUGACAUUCUCCAUUGGCUGAAGGUGAUUUGCGUCUUUGGAACACUUCUGCUUCAUGGGGCAACAGAAGCCAGCCGGAUACUUUGUAUCUAUCCUAGCCCGGGAAGAUCGCAUGUUAUGGUCGGACAGGCGCUGCUGAAAGGUUUAGCUGAACGUGGUCAUGAGGUAACAAUGGUUAGUCCAUUCAAGCUAUCGAAACCAGUUAAGAACUAUCGGGAAAUUUUGGUUCCGGUGGAUGAUUAUGUCGCUAAGAAGACAAAGGAGUAUCUCGAGAAACCACCAAAUAUGCUAACGGCGCUUCCAGAGAUGAUAGGAAAGAUGCUGACAUUUGCCAAUGACACUGUUAACUAUCCCAGUUUUGUGGAGCUCAAGAAGGAGAAGUUUGAUCUGGUGAUUGUGGGAUUUUUCGUGGCAGAUUUCGUUAUCGGUUAUGGUGCUCACUUUAACGCUCCAACGGUUAUUCUUUGGACAGGUGGUAACGCCAAGUUUACAUCGGAUAUGGUCGGCAAUCCAAGGGCAAUUGUAGCUGCCACCAAUAUGAUGUUUGGGCCACAAGAUGCAACUAAAUUUAUCACACGAUUAAAAAAUUUCAUGAUUGGCAGUAUCGAGAAUGUGUUUACCGCAUAUGCUUUCUACAAGCAAAAGCCAUACUACGACUGGAAUUUUCCAUCCGACCGUUAUCCCAGCUACGCGGAAGUACGUAAGAAUGUUUCGUUGGUACUAUUGAAUACACAUUUCUCGCAUGGGGGAGCGAGACCCUAUCUGCAGAAUAUGGUCGAAGUUGGUGGUCUGCAGAUCAAGACUAAACCAGACCCUCUCCCUAAGGAUAUCCAGGAAUGGUUGGACGGAGCCGGCGAACAUGGAGCAAUCUACUUUUGUUUAGGAUCGAAUCUAAAGUCAUCCGAUUUGCCAGCGGAGAAAAUGCAGAUAUUUAUUGAAAGUUUGGGAAAACUGAAGCAGCGUAUCCUGUGGAAAUGGGAAACGGACAGUUUUCCCAAUCAACCGGCUAAUGUUAUGGCGAAAAAGUGGCUACCACAGGAUGACGUUCUUGCACACAAGAAUAUAGUUUUGUUUAUUGCCCACGGUGGUCUAGGAGGAAUAGCCGAAGCUCGCUAUCACGGAGUUCCGAUUCUGGGGAUCCCCAUUUUCGCGGAGCAGGCUGGUAAUGUACGCACUGUGGCACAUGAAGGCUGGGGUUUGGAGGUAGAUUACAUGAAUUUUAAUGGAACAACAUUCGAUGCGUUGGUGAAGGAGAUUCUUACGAAUCCGAUUUAUCGCCAGAAAGCUAAGCAAAUAUCGGCUCUUUAUCGGGACCGUCCUCAAACGGCGAUGGAAACGGCCUGCUUCUGGGUUGAGUAUAUUAUUCGACAUCGAGGGGCCACUCAUAUGCACUAUCAGGGGGCGGAUUUGAGCUUCAUCCAGAUGCACAUGCUGGACGUGAUAGUGGUGGUAGUGCUUGUAUUAUUCGUGAUAUUACGAAUUGUUGCCUUUGUAGGCAAACGUGUAGUCAGACUAGUUUUUGGUUCGCGAAAGAAGCAGAAAGUAAACUAGGUUUUAUGAGAGCUUACCAAAUGAAUAAACGAAAUUGAGAGAAACAAAA